AGCCAAACCAGAAAAGACUUUUAAAUUCAAAAACAAAGAAGCUUUUCAAGAUUCUAUGAAUGAUCUUAUUCAGAAAUUCGAAAAGAUACAUUUGAAACUUGCAGUUCAAAUUGAAGAUAUUUUUGCCAGAGUUAAAAGAAAGACCAAUCCAUAUUACAAGCCUGAUACUUCUAAGUCACUAUUAGCAUACAUACUAUAA